AUUUUCAGUAGAGCUGCAGCUUAGAGGUGGAUAAAGUUCGUCUCCACGUUGGAAGUGAUAGAAAGUAUUAUCCCCUAUUCGGACUGUGUUUCUGUGUUUUUGGCGGAGGAGGAGAGCUCGCGGCGGACACUUCAGGUGUGGGAACGGAGAGUCUCGGCGGCCGCGGGGGGGAGUCCGGUCUGUGCUGUGACGAUCGCGAGGAUCACAAGAGAAAAAGUUUUCUCAGGACGCGAAGUUGUCAAGUGAGUUGAACUUCAACAAUAGGCGGACUCUACCGCAAGACAGCCCGAGAGACAGCGAGGCACGGGACGCAUGUAGACUGUCGACCUGGGACUCUUUUUUCCCCCCCUUUGUUUUUUUUUUGGUUUUUUUUUUUUAAUGAGAAUAGACGUCCCUCAAGGUGAUAAAAACUUUAUGUCCAGGAAAAUGGAAGCGACCUUCUACGACGAAGCCGUGGCUGCUUCCAACUCCCAGCAUGACGGGACGACAGUGUACGGGUUCAACCCAAAAACCCUCAAACAGACCAUGACCCUGAACCUAAACGACCCGAAGAACUUCAAACCCCAGCUGAGCUCCAAGGCGCUGGACAUCCUCACGUCCCCGGACGUGGGCUUGCUGAAGCUGGCCUCGCCUGAGCUGGAGAGGCUGAUCAUCCAGUCGUGCAACGGGCUGACGACUCCCACCCCGACCCAGUUCGUCUGUCCCAAGAACAUCACCGACGAGCAGGAGGGGUUCGCAGAGGGCUUCGUGAGGGCACUGGCCGAGCUGCACUACCACCAGCAGGGACCCGCCGUCCACCCCGACGCGCAGGCCGGCGCGACCACCAGCAUGGCAGCCGGCUCCGCCGCGUCCGAGAGCGGCGGGAUCCCCUACAGCUGCACGGUGCGCGCCGAGCCGCCGGAGUACACAAACUUGGGCUCUUUCGGCCGAGGCGUGGUCUCCGUGUCUGCACCUGCCAGCGAGAGGCACCCGGCCAUGACCUACCCAUCCGCCCAGCAGCCGUCCCACAACCACAUGGAGCAGCAGCAGCAGCUGGCGGCGGCGGCGCAGCACUCGCGGCUACACGCGCUCAAGGAGGAGCCGCAGACGGUGCCCGAGAUGUCCGGCGACACCCCGCCGCUCUCCCCCAUCGACAUGGAGAACCAGGAGCGCAUCAAAGCGGAGAGGAAGCGCAUGAGGAACAGAGUGGCCGCGUCCAAAUGCCGGAAAAGGAAGCUGGAGAGGAUCUCCCGGCUGGAGGACAGGGUCAAAAACCUGAAGAGCCAAAACACGGAGCUGGUUUCCUCUGCCAACGUCCUCCGGGACGAGCUGGCUCUGCUCAAGCAAAAGGUCAUGGACCACGUUAACAGCGGCUGCCAGCUCAUUUUGACGCAGCAGCUCCAAGCUUUCUAGACUGCCGAGGAGGAGGAGGAAGGGGGGGAGAGAAACCAAGGGACGAUUUCUUGGGGACCAAAAUGCAGCUUACAGUGGGCUUGUUCAGCUUGGCGGUGUGGGGAGGGAGGUGGGGGGAGAGAGAGUCCAUGUGUCUCAUUUCAUUUUUCCACCAAAUUAUCCGCUCAGGCUGCAUCCACCGAAUGUGUGCAGACAAAAGAGCAGGAGACUGGGAAAGUUGUUGCGCGCAGCUCAGAGAGGGGGGCACCCGCUCCAAACAUGCCUCUGACGGGACUUGUUAGAUAUUUCAGGCACUUUUUUUUCUGUCUUUCCAUUCAGAAACCACGACAUUAAAUUUCUGUUGCGCUAAGGCAGCACGGUCAGAUCUUUUUUUUUUUUUUAAGUAACUCUCACGUAGCCAGGACAGUCGGAGCCUGUGCGGGGAUCGGAUUGCAGACGGACAGAAACACAGGCCCGUCUUCUCACCACGUCAGUUAGCAGUUCAUGCGUAUAGACUUGAGUCAAGCACUGAGCAUCCCACCAGCGACUAUACAGUAUGUACAGAGUAACACUAACAUUAAAUAAAUAAAUACAAGUUUCACACCUUUUUACGCAAGGGACUCUUCUAGGUGUGUGUGUAGCGUUUACUGACAGAACCUGCCUUACUUUCUUAACCCUUCUGUUCAUACAAGUUUGUGAUAAUAGGUGUAACUAAUGUUAGACCUGAAAUAACACUUUGUAAUAUUUGUACGCUGUAUUUUUGAGCACUUCCGAACUGUAAAUACGACAAAAAAUAAAAUAAUAAUAAUAAAAAAAAAUGUUGGACACGU